UCACAAGCCUCAGCCAGUUAUCUAUCGGAGCCCAUUGUUGUCUUACGGUUGCUUUACAAAUAUUUCCAAAGGUGCCCGCAUAUAUUUUUCUAGAUGCUCAAGCCAUGCUGGACAUGCCGCCGCCGGACGAUUCAAUGCGAUCAGUCCCGCUUCCCCUGUUCAAAAUGCGAGAAAGCAGGGCUAGAAUGCCAUGAAACAAGACCGCUGAGAUGGGUCAAAGGCGUGGCCAUUCGAGGAAAAUUGCGGGGUCACGUCUUCAGGGCUCCCUCGGACGCUCCUGAAGGUCCCCGUGCAACGGGAUCGGACGGGAAACAAGUCUCGCUCACUUCAGAAAAGCGGCUACGAAUACUUCAUACCCCUUCCUAUGCUAUGCAGGAUCCGCGCAUACAUCACAUGGAUCGGCUAUCAAAGUACUACAUUGAUUAUUAUAACCAGCGAAUAUGCAAGCUAUACAUACUGUUUGACAGUGAAAGUAACCCGUUUCGGAACUUAAUCUCAUUCUGCCUAGAAGACCUGGCUCUACAAAAGUCUAUUGUGGCUAUUGCAGCUCGACAUUUUGCCAAUACAGGCCGCUCGUUCGAUACGACCGAUGCGGCUGUUCCCCAUCGAUUCGUGAAUGCUAAUAUGGAUGCGCUCCUGUUCAAGAAACAAGCUAUAGAGGCAUUGUCCUCUUCACUAUCGGAUACGGGGUCUCGGAGAACGGAAGCAACCAUGGCGACCAUCCUUCUUCUGAUAUUUCUCGACCUUCUUGAGUCCGGGAUUGACGGCUGGAACUCUCAUCUCCAAGGUGCGAGAGGCCUGCUUAUCCUCAACGAGUCCUUAGUAAAAUAUGCUCCAAUAUCUGAUCAAAAGAUCAAUGCUGGAGAUACGGUUCGUGACACGAGGAAAUUCAUAAUGGAACAGCUCCUAUUGAUUGAGACGCUUGGAAACGCGCUCUCGUCUCCUAACAUAGUGUCUGAAGCGUUCGUCGUCGACAAUGGAAUGAAACAUCAAGAGUCCAUGGUCAGGAGUUUUCUUGGAUGCCCUGGAUUUCUUCUGAGAGCAGUGCAGUUCUUCUCAGACCAAAGACCCCUGAUUGCAGAAUUCAGGAGUACAGAAUUCAGGAGAAAUGAACACUCAAAUAUUUCAAUCGUACAAGACACUCUGACGAUGCUUGAUCUGACCGAGCGUUUUGAUUGCCUCGAGUGGGCGGCGGACCUCCAGCGACGUACAGCGUCCUCUACGGAAGUCACAAAGCUGCGCAUGUUAUCACAAGCGUAUAAAUUGGCGGCUUUGCUCUACGGAAGACGCGUGCUCAACGCGCUGACUGAAGCAACAUCGAAUAAUGAGAAGCUAGUUUCGCAAUUGCUUAGCCUCAUUGAAACUUUACAAAAUGAUGCGGUCAUUUUCAAGUGUCUGCUAUGGCCAACAUUCAUUGCAGGAUUGGAUUGUUGGACAGAGAGCCAACAGGUCUUUGUCAUGAAGUCGUUGCGGGCGCUUUGGGAUUCGACCAGUUGUCUAAACGUGAUCGGUGCUUCAAACAUUCUUCGGGAUCACUGGAAACGCGAGGACCUGCCCGAAGUUUUGAUGCAGGAGAUAUCUGAUAUUAAUGGACUGGGUCGCGGCUGGCUUCUGAUAUAAUAUUUAAUUCUCACUAGAGGGGCGGCCCACUGUGAAUAGACUUG